AUGAGAAAAUGCAUCCUGGUGUUAUUUUUCACCACGUUAGUUGUCAGCGUUCCCUGGGAAUUUGUGCGACUCUAUCAACAGGAAAUCUCUAAAAGAGCUGCUAGUGUUUCAGUGGGAGCACAUGAUGAAUGCACUGAAAGAUCAACCAGUGUUUUUCAAUCUAUUAAAGUCUUUUUACAAUGGCAGUUUUCAUGGUCUCAACUUGAUAAAUGUGAAAGGUAUUAUUACCAUCUCUUGGUGGAUCCAUUAUGGGAGUUAACUCCCUUGCUGGUAAUAUCAUCAGCAUUAACAAGAUGUCUUUUGCAUCCAAUGGAAUUGCUCUUCUCAGGAUUGGGGCGGAGCUUCCGAGCAUUUUUUGUGGAAAUACCUGCCCAAUGGCAACCAGUCUUACUUGUGAUCCUAACACUAGUUUUGUUGGCUCUCAUGUUAAUGACGUGUAGCUACCGACUUCAAAUUCCGUUACUAUUUAACAUAGAACCCAAGACUCCAGUUUACAUACAAGACUGCAGUCAUAGAAACACCAAUCAAAAUAGCCCUCAUUUGUCUAGUAGUGAUCUGACCAAUAGAAAUGGAUCUUACAUUUCUUCACCCAAUCAAAAUAGUUCUUAUAUUCAUAGCAGAGCUCUGACCAAUGGAAAUGGCUCUUACAUUUCAUCUCCCAAUCAAAACAGUUUUUACUUUUAUAAAACUAGUGAAAAUGGAGCCAAUAGAAAUGGUUCUGACAUGUUCUAUUCUUUAAAUGAUGUGCCAAAUAAAUCAUCUUUUACAAGCAGUAAUACUUUUCAUGUGAAUAACAGACUAGGAGAUAUUGCUUCGAAUGAAACUGUUAAUAUGAAUGUGACAAAAAAACGAAAGUACACUAAGAAAUCUAAGGAACAAACUGAAGCUAGCUCGACACCCAAGACUAAAUCAACCAGAGCUAGAAAAAGUCGGAAAUCUCGUUAUGAGGAUGACCCUGACUUUGAUGAUGACCUUUGA